AUGGCCUGGCUAUUUUCUCGUUCCUAUCCGGAGCGCAAAGCGGUUGACGUCGACGGGAAAACCUUCGACUAUGUCAUCGUGGGCGGCGGUACAGCAGCAUGUGCCCUCGCCUCUCGACUCAGCGAAGACCCGAGCAAUAGCGUUCUCCUCAUUUGCAAAGGCAAGGUCAAGGACAACUGGCUUGACCGUAUUCCCAUUGUUGGGAAUGCAAGCGACGGCAAGGGUCCCCAAAUCGAGACAUUUUGGUCUGAGCCCGACGAGCGAUGGACGGGAUGCAAGACUCGGACUUUCAAUACUCAAGCCCUCGGUGGUGCCACUAGAAUCAACGGACUGAUGCUCACGCGCGGCGCGCCGGGUAACUAUAACCAGUGGGCUGCGCUUGGUAAUGAUGAAUGGAGUUGGGAUAAGUGCGAGCCAUACUUCAAGAAGAUUGAGAACGCUGCUUGCCAUCCCAGUGCUCCCUACCGCGGUCAUGAAGGUAAGCAGAGCCAUUUGACUCCCCGUCUCGAGAUCGUGCUCACUCUGGACAGGUCCGCUCUACCUUCGACAGAAUCCCUUGAACUUCCCGAUAGACCAAUAGUAUGUUGUAGUGACCACUAUUUCUAA